AUGGAUGGAGCUGCAGGGCGAGGGGUUGGUGGAGAUGAAUGGCCGACAAGAGACGUCGUUUAUCUCGCGAUUGUCGGGCCGUUUAUGCUGGCAGCGGCAUUCGAAUGGGUCCUAUGGCUAGCAGCGUUCAUAUACUGCUUGAUCAAGGUCUACCAAAAAGCAGAUCAUUGGAGCAUCAGGGUCCUUGCGGUGCUGAUGAUUUUUCUGUUCACCGCGCUACGCCUUGCUUUCCUUCCGGUCAUGAUUUUCACUCUACCCUUACCAUCUCAAGUCACCCAAUUUCUCCCAGCUCGAGUAUCGAUUGGCUUCCAAUGGUUCGCCUUUUGGUCCUUCUCUGCUCUUCUCAUUGGACCCUGGUCGUUCUGUGUAUAUCGACUCGUAACUCACUCCUUGGGAAGAUCAAAACGAAUCAAAGAAGUGCUGGAUGAUCGAACAGCACCCAAGACAGUCGUCGUAAUGCCGGUCUACAAGGAAGAUGCUACGGUACUCAUCAAGGCCAUCGAUUCGGUCGUCGAUUGUGAUUACCCAGCAUCCUGUAUUCACGUCUUUCUCUCAUGGGAUGGCGACACAGUGGAUGAGCCUUAUCUUCAAGUCAUUCAACACCUUGGGAUCCCAAUAUCGUUGAAAUUUUACCCUCAAUGCAUCGAUGUCUGCUAUAGGGGCUCUCGGAUAACAGUUUCUCGUUUCAAGCAUGGAGGCAAAAGACAUUGCCAGAAACAAACAUUUAAGCUUAUCGAUAAAGUGUACAAAGGAUACCUCAAAAGACAUGAUGAUCUUUUUGUUCUUUUCAUUGACUCGGACUGCAUCCUUGACCGGGUUUGCUUGCAAAACUUCAUGUACGAUAUGGAACUAAAGCCGGGGAGUAAGCGCAGUAUGCUAGCUAUGACGGGCAUCAUUACAUCCACAACGGAAAGAAAUACGUUUCUGACAGUUCUCCAAGACAUGGAGUACAUACAUGGGCAACUCUUCGAGCGUUCAGUGGAGUCCGGUUGUGGUGCUGUAACAUGUCUUCCGGGUGCAUUGACAAUCUUGCGAUUCUCCGCCUUUCGCAAAAUGGCCAAAUACUAUUUUGCCGAUAAAGCCGAGCAGUGCGACGACCUCUUUGAUUUUGGAAAGUGUCAUUUGGGCGAAGACAGGUGGCUCACUCAUCUUUUCAUGGUCGGGGCUAAGGAACCAUAUCAGAUCCAGAUGUGCACCGGUGCCUUUUGCAAGACAGAGGCCGUACAAACCUUCAGCAGCCUUUUGAAGCAGCGGCGUCGUUGGUUCUUGGGAUUCAUUACCAAUGAAGUGUGCAUGAUCACCGAUGCCAGGUUGUGGAAGCGCUAUCCGCUAUUGUGUUUAGUUCGGUUCAUGCAAAACACUAUCCGAACCACCACGCUGCUAUUUUUCAUGAUGGCCAUUGCUUUAAUCACAACCUCCAAAAAGCCAACCGACCUGCCGGUCGGCUUUAUUGGUGUCUCUCUGGGGCUAAAUUACUUGCUGAUGUUAUACUUUGGAUUUCGUCUCAAGCGCUACAAGGCAUGGCUCUACCCGGUCAUGUUCAUCUUGAACCCCAUAUUCAACUGGAUCUACAUGAUGUAUGGGAUUUUCACCGCUGGUCAGCGUACCUGGGGUGGUCCAAGGGCAGAUGCUGCCGCUGCCGAUGAGCAAACUACUCCCGGGCAAGCGGUGGAACAGGCCAAAAACCAGGGAGAUGAGUUCAAUGUGGAUGUUCAGACUUUUCGAACAAGCCUGGUAAGACGUCAAUCUGUUCCAAUCCGCCCGUCAAGUCAUAUCGAAGGACGCUUUGCGCCCUCCGAGCAGUAUCUCGAGGGGUUCAACAUCAGCACUCAUGAAACCGACCCUGGUAUAAUCCAGCAACAGGGUGCACCAGAGGAGGCUCCUCAAUUCCAUCCACCUGAUGUAUUUCGAGACUCAUUAGAAUCUGUAUUUACGGCAUCUUCUGAUGGUAUUUACAACCGCGCUUCAGCUCCCCGCAAUUUUGAGAGCUUGAUGGGUGAGGAAGACCAGCGGAAGCUAUACUAUGCUCGCCAAGCUCGAGCAUCAACCAGUCUCCCAAUCAUGGAGGAAAAUGAGAAAGACAUCAGUCCCAAUUUUGACGAAGCUUGGCCUGCUGACCCUGAGCCUAUCAUGUUGAUUCCUGGACCUAUCAACUCCCCUGCUAUUACCCUUCGUCCCGAAAGUCAUCGAUACACCUUGGAGGAAUCCAUUGUAGCCGACCCUCGUGAAAGCAUGGAGCCCCAGAGACCGUCAAGGCCUAUGCACAGGGGAUCACGAUCCCUUGAUCCACCUCAGGAUAUGGUCUAA